AACUACAGUUUUGCAGGCUGAGAGCCUAAAUAUGAGGAGAGAGUUUUCAGUACACUGCGCCAGCGCCAGUGCGACGUUGGGAGUUGUCGAGUAAGACACUGUAAGGGUGUGCAUGGUGGAGGCAUGCGAGAGCUCUGAAGCUGUAUGUGCUACAGUGGUUAAGAGAGAGAGCAACGCAGUUCUGCACUCUGAGACGGCCAAAGCAGUACUGGGCGCACUCGACUGCUUCAAAACAACUUGAGUUGCUCUGUGUGCAAUGCACCAUCUAGUUGCCUAUGAACACAUCAAUCAUCACAAAUUUUAGUUGUGUCAACUAGUCAACACAACUAUUUGCCUCGUCUAUAAGCACCUUAAGACCAUUUUAAGUAGAAAUGGCUGGAAUUGGCUUAGAGUAUCUAUUAUUUUGUUUGCUCUUAUUUAUAUUUUUUAUUAUUGGCUUCAAGCAUAUUACACAGAAAAUAUCAUUAGUGGCUGGAAUUGAGCUAUCACCUCAAGAAGCUACAAGGUACAAAAACAUUUUUGCCGUCCAAGUUCCCAUGUGUGAAGUUUUUCGUGCCGUUCUAAAGUGGGAAUGCAGCGACAAGCCGCUUGGGCAAAUUUAUGCAGAUUAUUUCGGAGAAAAAAAGCAGCAAUAUGAAGACCGCCAUGCUGCCCUGGUGGCAGAGAAGAACAAUAAAUUUAAAUUACCAAAAAUUGAACUACCCACACGUACAAUUGAAAUGCUACAGGAAGAAGCAUCAAAUUAUGACGUAACUCUAAUAUCUUCUUUUUUGUUUGAAAUAUUCAAAUCAAAAGUAUCAUACACACACAUUGGCUAUGAGAGAAGUCUCAGUCAACUAGAGUGCCUCCUGAAGGAGGCCAAGGACAUGAGAAAUGCUGUUAUACAUAAAGUCGCUGGUGCUGCUGUCAACCCUAUGAAGUUUGAUGAAAUUGUCAAAGCCAUGCAUGAUGUGAUAGAUGAAGCUGGCAACGUGUACAACAUCCCUGCUGAUGAAGUAACGAGUUUCAAAACCCAAGUAGAUGGGAUGUGGGAUGAAGUGCGCACAGACACUGAAAAAGCUAAGGCUUAUUGUUGCUUCUUCCUGCAAACUUAUGGAAACAAAGAAGCCAAAGUCAAGUGGGAAGCAAAGUUGGCUGAAGAAACUCUACUCUUCGGUGUUUACAAAGUUGAAUGCUCAAAAGUUUUUCAUCCCCUGGAAUUGACACUACAGAAACCUAAAAAUCAACCCAAACGCAGGAUCUCCUACACUGAACUCCUAACUGGCAAUGAUAAGUUCAUCGUAGUCAUUGGUGACUCUGGGUAUGGGAAAUCCACUUUGGCCAAGAACUUGGUCAUACAGCACCAUGGUAUCUCAGAUGCAGAGGUAGAAAUGUUCAACCUAAAGAAUCACAAUUUGUUGCUUUAUUUUGAAUGCAGGAAUGUUUCUACAAAAGAAUUUACUGAUGUAGUAAUGGAAAACUUUGAGAAUGUGUGCCAGAAACUUGGCUCUAAAACUGUCAUCCAAGGAAUCGCUGAGUCUAACCCUUUGAUUCUCAUUGACGGCUAUGAUGAAUGUCAUAAAGACUCGUAUAAUGUUGUGCAACAGAUGGUGAACAAAAUGAGGAACCAUGAGUGUCGUGUGAUUAUCACCACCAGGCCAAGUGGUGCUGAUGAGCUCAACGACUUUCUGAAGCGAGAAGGUGUGAAGUUCCAAGAGUAUGAGAUAUCAGAAAUUUGUGAUUUGAAUGAACAACUAAGAUUUCUGGAGAAGUAUGAAAAGCAUGUUACUCCGCAUGCUGAGAAAGUUGUGAAGAGCUUCAGAUCUCUUGGAUGGAGAAUUCAAAAACUUUUUGUUCAUCCAAUUAAUUUGGUUCUCUUUUGUCACCUGGUCUGGAACUUCCCUGAAAGGAUAAAUAAUUUGAAAUCUCAUGCUGCUGUAGCUCGAGUCACAUAUGAUCUAUAUAAGAAAUAUAUUCAGGCAAAGCUGGCAAACAUGGAAAUUGUUGAUGAAUCUGGCCUUAUCAAUUCUUUCUUCCAAGACUUAAGCAAUUUCUCCUUGAAGAUGAUUUGUGAAGGUCAUUUGGUUUUCUCUGCAAAGCAACUUGACGAUUUGAUAUGCAGUAUCAGAUCAAAACUCAAAGAAUAUGGGGCGCUUGGGACGCUUGAUCCUAAUGCUCUUCUAGGUGUUGUCAUGAGAAUAAAUUGUCCAAUGAAAAGUUUUGAAUCGUGCACAUAUUGCUUUCAUCACAAGAGCUUACAGGAACUGUUUGCUUCUAAGCCUGUCGUAAUGGAGCUCCGCAAGAAUAAUGCAUUACCGCCCAUCCUGACGUCACAAAAAUUUGAUAUUUUCAACCUCUCAGAAGUGCCCACGUAUGUGUUCAUGGAGCUGAGUGCUGCUGAGGAGUCCACUGUCUUCUGGAAAAACUGGCCGCUCCUGCAUGAUGCUAUGGAACGUGUUGACAUGUAUGACUGGGAGGAAAUCUUGCUGAACUGUCGUGACUCGCAACAUAUUACUGAAGCGAUUGCCGGAGUCUACUUGGCACACAACAACAAAUGGAGCAUUGAUGCAGGUUGUAUUUUUAUUUGGUACCUUAAUUGUUUGAGAGAUUUUGCCUCUGGCAUUGUACCGUCAAACCUUCAUGGAACUUUACCAGGUCAUGAGGUGCUUACAUACACAGGCCACAAUGUUGAUGCCAUUGCGCUGCUGCUGCCGCACCAGCAGCCGGCCUUGCUCAGCGUGACUCAGCGCCCGAGUCCUGGCAUGAGGUGGCUAGGACGUUCAGAGGAAUUCUUGAGCUGCGACUGUUAA